AUGAGGAGGAGGACCAGCGAGGCUCAUGGUAGUGAGACCUAUCAUAGCGAGGUCCAUGGUAGCGAGGCCCGUUAUAGCGAGGCCCAUGGUAGCGAGGCCUGUCAUAGGGAGUCUCAUGGUGGUGAGGUCCAUGGUAGUGAGGCCUAUCAUAGUGAGGCCCAUGGUGGUGAGACCUAUCGUAGCGACGCCCAUGGUAGUGAGGCCCAUGGUAGUGAGACCUAUCAUAGCGAAGCCCAUGGUAGUGAGGCCCAUGGUGGUGAGACCCAUCAUAGCGAGGCCCAUCGUAGUGAGGCCCAUGGUAGUGAGACCUAUCAUAGGGACUCCCAUGGUAGUGAGGCCCAUGGUAGUGAGUCCUAUCAUAGGGACUCCCAUGGUAGUGAGGCCCAUGGUAGUGAGACCUAUCAUAGGGACUCCCAUGGUAGUGAGGCCCAUGGUAGUGAGACCUAUCAUAGGGACUCCCAUCGUAGUGAGGCCCAUGGUAGUGAGGCCUAUCGUAGUGAGGCCUAUCAAAGCGAGGCCCAUCAUAUCGAGGCCCAUCAUAGCGAGGCUCAUGGUAGUGAGACCUAUCAUAGCGAGGCACAUCGUAGUGAGGCCCAUGGUAGUGAGGCCCAUCGUAGUGAGGCCUAUCAAAGCGAGACCCAUCAUAUCGAGGCCCAUCAUAGCGAGGCUCAUGGUAGUGAGACCUAUCAUAGUGAGGCCCAUGGUGGUGAGACCUAUUAUAGCGAGGCCCAUCGUAGUGAGACUUAUGGUAGUGAGGCCCAUGGUAGCGAGGCCUAUCGUAGUGAGGCUCAUGGUAGUGAGUCCCAUGGUAGCGAGGCCUAUCAUAGCGAGGCCCAUGGAAGUGAGGCCCAUGGUAGUGAGACAUAUCAUAGCGACGCCCAUGGUAGUGAGGCCCAUGGUAGCGAGGCCCAUCGUAGUGAGACUCAUGGUAGUGAGGCCCAUGGUAGCGAGGCCUAUCGUAGUGAGGCUCAUGGUAGUGAGGCCCAUGGUAGCGAGGCCUAUCAUAGCGAGGCCCAUGGUAGUGAGACCCAUGGUAGUGAGACCCAUCAUAGCGAGGCCCAUCAUAGCGAGGCCCAUGGCAGUGAGACCCAUCAUAGCGAGGCCCUUCGUAGCGAGGCCCAUGGUAGUGAGACCCAUCAUAGCGAGGCCCUUCGUAGCGAGGCCCAUGGUAGUGAGGCCCAUCAUAGCGAGGCCCUUCGUAGCGAGGCCCAUGGCAGUGAAGCCAUCAUAGCGAGGUCCAUCAAAGCGAGACCCAUGGUAGUGAGACUAUCAUAG